AAUUCAUAUAAGAAACGAAUUUUUAUCCACAAUUUGUUAACAACCGGAAUUUGUGAAAAUAUAUUUCAUUUUAAUAAAUAUUAAUUAAAAUGUUGAAAAAUUUGUGUGUACAACAAAUAAAUUUAUUAAAAACUUGUGCAACAUUGCAGCAACAAGUGAGAACCACUUUCAUACUGAAACGUAAAUAUGAUCCACCACUGCAUAAAGCCAACCAAAAGCCCAAGAAAAUGCGUGGAAGACAUCACAUUUACGAAUUAGUGGAAGAUACAAAUACUAAAAAACAAAAGGAAAUCGAGGUAGUCUUGAAGACCUUCGUAGAGGGUGUGGGCGGUAAGGGAGAUGUGAUCUCUUUAAAACCAAACUUUGCUUAUAACAAACUCCUAUUGCCCGGUUUGGCAGUGUAUAAAACAGAUGAAAAUGUUGCCAAGUAUGGUAAAAAGGAAAAUGAAAAAGUUGAUUUGGAGCACAGCUCGCCAUUUGCACAGAGGACCGUAAAUAUGUUGGAGCGAUUAAAUUUGGCCGUCGUUAUGAAUAAAGAUCAUCCCUGGGUCAUUGAACCUUGGCAUAUUAAAGCUUCUCUCCGCAAAGCUGGUUAUAUUUGCAAAGAAGAAUGCAUUAGCAUUCCUAAAGAACCUAUUGAAGGUCCAGAUCUAAAUAAGGAAAAUAAAGAAUUCUACUGUACGGUAACCAUAAACAAUUUAGAGAAGGCACGUGUUAAAUGCCGUAUACAUCAUUGGAGCACAGAUCCCAGUGAACGUUUACCAUAUGUUUUUGAACACUGGAAAAUGCCAUCUGAACCUUUAUUGGGUUCAUCAGCUAGUGGAGAAGGUGAUGACGCCAAGAAACAAGCAUAAAAAGUGUUAAUACAAAAAUUGUUGAAAGUGUUUUUAAUAAAAAGAAAACGUUUAAUGUUUCGAAAAAAGAAA